AUGGCAAAGCAGGAGGCUGGGGGUGGCUUUGGGGGAGCCGGCGAGGCCGGGCCCCCCCGUGCCUGGAGGGCGGUGGGUUUCAAUGGUGCAUCUGCAGCGUUUUAUCCCAGCUGGGAGCAGGGAGUGGAGCAGCUGGAGCAGAGCGAUGCAAACCACUUCCAGCUGCGCAGCAGGAAGGGAAGGAGCUGAGGGGAGGCAGACAGUGACCCUGGGGGGGCCCAGGGGUAUCCUGCAGUGACAGCUGGACAUGCCCAGGGCGAGAGGGCUCUGCAGGAGCAGGACGAGGGGCUGGGGGUCUGCACGGUCCCGCUCUGUCCUCCAGCACAGGGAAUGCCUGCACGGACCCAGAGCUGAUGGGGCUCCCACCGUUUGGGGCUGGAAGGACCCUCUCCCCACAUCCAUGGCCCUCCGGGGGGGGCGGUGGGACGGAGGCAGGGCUCUCCCAUCCCACUGCGCAGGCUGGAGUCCCCGGCCGGGACGAGGAGGCACAAAGCAGCUCCUUGUCCCUCUCCUUCCCAGCACGGCAGGGUCGGGAUCCCCGGCUGGUGCUGAGCCCUGACUCGGCUCCCUGCCCUCGGGUGAAUGCUCAGCAUUUCCAGCGUGCCCAGAGCAGCCUUCAUCAGCUGCUCCCAUGUGCCAUGCCUCCUCCUCCUCCUCCUCCUCCACAGUGCGUUGGGCUGCCCGGUGCGGCCCCCGGCCACGGCUCCCCUCGCCCAGCCGGGAACAAACCCGCUCUGUGAGCACACACAGAGGAGCCUUCAGCGGCGCGGGUCCCCGUUCCCCCCUCCUCAUCCUCCCCCGUCCCCCCGGGCCCGUCAAUAGCGGGAUUGUGCAGAGCCGGGGCAGGUGCCGGGGCACGUAACCCCCACCUCUUUUUGCCUGGCAUCGGAGAGCCCCCGCCAGCCCCCUCCUCCUCCGGCGGGGUGUGAUGGUGUGUCCCCGUCCCCUGCAGACCUGGACAAGCUGCUGUCGGACCUGCGGUCCUUCCUGCUCAUCCUGGACCGGGAAAGCCUCAGCGCCGCAGCUCGGGCCAAGAAGAAGUCGGUGGCCGAUCUCCUCUCCCGGCUGCAGAGCCCCUCGUGGAAGGGGCCGGGAGCGGGGCUGUGACCGGGCGCUCCCCCCGCAGCAGAGGAUGCAGAGUACAUGAUCAUGCGCUGCCUCUCGCCUUCCCCGGGGAUCCCGCCGGCACGGGGAACCAGGACGGUCGCUGCGAUGGGAGGGAAAGUCGGCGAGUGCCACCCGUCCAGCACCCCGAGCCCGCACGGAGGGAGCAAGGCGAUGGGCAUCUCGCCGUCCCCACCAGCCGACGACUCCUAUGAAGAUGCCGAACCCCUCGGCUCCGGCAGAUGCGCCAGCUCCGGCGGUGCCGACACUGACAGCAGCCACUACGAGUCGUACGGGGAGGAUGAGGACGGCGUGACGGACCGUGCCCAUUACCUGCGGCGACCCCCGGCCCCCGGCCCCGACGCCGAGCCCCCCGGUCGCCCCGAAGCCCAGCUCUGCGGCUUCCUCUGGAGGAAGCGCUGGCUGGGACAGUGGGCGAAGCAGCUCUUCAUCGUCCGGGAGCACACGCUGCUGUGCUUCAGGUGUGCCGCCGACCCGCAGCCCGUGCUGGAGCUGGACCUGCGGGGCUGCCGCGUCGCCUGCAAAGCCAAGCGUGGCAAGAAGAUGCCGCACACCCUGAAGGUGACGGGGACGGCGGGCGAGGUGCUGGUCAUCGGCUUCCAGAGCCGGCAGCAGGCUGAGGACUGGAGGAAGGUGAUCGAAGAGGUCAGCAGCGAUGCCCCGAGCGGGCUGGCAGCCAUCAGCGUCCCAGCGUCGCCCUCCUCGAGGCUCGGCAGGGGCUCUCUUGCUCUCCAUUCUCAGGCUGCCCAGCUUGGCGAGGAAGAGGAGAAGGAGGAUUGCUCCCGGCGGAGCCCUGCCCGCAGCCCACGGCCCGGAGAGGAUGCUAAAGGAGGUGCGGUGCGUGGUGACGGGGCGAGGGGGUGUCCCCGCAACCCCCUGCCGCUGCUGACGGCGGGGGGUGGACCCGCAGGUUUCCUGGCGGUGCGGCUGCGUGGGCGCUGGCAGCGGCUGUGGUGCGCGGUGCGGCAGGGAGCCCUGCGCAUGUUCCCCGAGCCCGGCGGCGCCCAGCGCCCCGUCUGCGCCCUGCGGCUGGAGGGCUGCGAGGUCUCCCCGGGGGCGGCCGCCGGCUCCCCCCAGCACCUCCGUAUCCGCAUCGCCCAGCGGGGACGGGAGCUCGCCCUGCUGCAGGUGAGCAACCGCCGCGGCACCCCCGCGUCCCUCGCUGGGGGGGGACCCGCUGAUCCCGGACCCCCUGCCCCAUGCCAGGCCCGUUCAGACGAGGAGAGGGAAGCUUGGCUGAAGACCCUGCGGGCCAGGGGAGGAGAGGAGCCGGCCGGUGACACCCCCCACACCGAGACCCCCAGGCUGGGCGAUGGCAGCAGCUGCCCUGCUGCGGGGGGGCUGCUGCUUCGCCGUGUCCCGACCCCCAACGCCUACAUGGACGACCCCUUUGGGCAGCUCCCGCCAGCCGAGGCCCCCAAGCACCUCUACUCCAACGUGGAGCGGCUGCAGCAGCUGCAGCAGAGCUUGGACCGAGUGGUGCAAGGGCAGCGCAAGAGACCCGUAUCUGCGCUGCCCACCGGUGCCUGCAGCAUCUCCCCGGGCAGCGCCCUGCCCUCGCGGGCAGCAUCAGCGGCAGCUCUCCGAGGCAGGGCUGCCAGCCCACAGCAGACGAAGAUGAGCCCUGAGCUCCAGAACAGGGAUCUCUCACGAUCCCAGCGCACCCUGACACUGCCGGAGAGGAAAGGGGCUCGGGACGGGCUGGAUAUCCUCAUCGGGAAGAGAGCCUUCCCCAAGCUGGAGGAGAAGGUGGGGCAGCUGGAGAGGGCCUGCCGCGUGAAGGGCAGGCUGAAAGCCGGCUCUGAGAUGAACCUACUGGCCAUCGGCAAGUCGCUCAAGGGCCACAUCGCCGCCACCGCCAGCUCGGCUGGCUCCGAGCAAGGCUCGUUCCUCACGCCGCUGUUAAAGCGCACCGCGUCGGCGAAGAGCGCCCUGAAGCCAUCUCCUUCCCCGGUCAUCAUCGAGAAGGGACAAGUGCUGCAAAAAAGAAAGGAGUGGGAGAUGAAAUCUGCAAUGUGACCAGCCCUGCAGCGGUCCCCGGGGCGGCAGCUCUCGCCCCCAGGACGUACCUACCGGACCGGGCAUCUCCUGUCGGAACGUAGGGCUGCGCGUGGAUCGUGCAGGACCAGCCCGGUAUUUGUUAACCAUCAGUAUCAACGCUACAACUACGCACAUCUAUUUUUAUAUAUAUAUAUAUAUAUAUGUAUGUAUAUAUACAUAUAAACUCUCCAUCUGU